CAGACUGGAGCAUAGACGCGAUUGUAUAGAUUACACACUCCAGUAUUGUCCUAGAGUUGGACAGCAUAUAAUAAUGUUAUAAACAUUAAUAACGUAGCAGGUGACUGUAAAAGUAACGCGACAAUUCGGUGUUUAGGUCUGCACGGACAGAAUUGCUUUCCUUUCAUCCUUCGGUGUGCGUUUUUAUCUGUUGGAGCAUUCAAAUUGGAUUUCGAGCGAAUAUCGGGAAAGUCCAGAUGGUGCUGUCGGAUUAUCAUUAGGUAAGGCGAGUUUGAUUAUCAUUAGGUUGAGUAGUGAUCGGCGGGAUGAGCAGACUCUGAGGAAAAAGGAGACAGAGGAGUGAGUGUUCACCGUGGAAGAGCCCCUCAUCACUCUCCCCCCUGACAGCUGCACCAAUGUUCUCUCCCGACCAGGAAAACAUCUCCACCACCCCAGCCUCCACCAAAGUGCCAGCCAAAUACGGAGAGCUCAUUGUUCUGGGGUACAAUGGCUCCCUACCCAACGGAGACAAGGGGAGGCGGAAAAGCCGCUUUGCACUGUGCCGGAGACCCAAGGCCAGCGGGGUGAAACCCAGCACAGUGCACGUGGCGUGCACACCACAGGCAGCCAAGGCCAUCAGCAACAAGGACCAGCAUAGUAUCUCCUACACUCUGUCCCGGGCCCAGACGGUGGUGGUGGAGUACACUCAUGACAGCAAUACAGACAUGUUCCAGAUUGGGCGUUCCACAGAGAGCCCCAUAGACUUUGUGGUGACGGACACAGUGCCCGGCAGCCAGCAGAGCCACGGGGGGGAGGGCCAGACCCAGACCCAGACCCAGUCUAUCCAGAGCACCAUCUCGCGCUUCGCCUGCCGUAUCAUCUGCCAGCGGAGCCCACCCUACACCGCUCGCAUCUACGCCGCCGGAUUCGACUCCUCCAAGAACAUCUUCCUGGGGGAGAAGGCUGCCAAGUGGAGGACACAGGACGGACAGAUGGACGGGCUGACCACUAAUGGCGUGCUGGUGAUGCACCCUCGCCACGGCUUCACGCAGGACUCCAAGCCGGGCGUGUGGAGAGAGAUCUCUGUCUGUGGCAACGUCUUCACCCUCAGAGAGACCCGCUCCGCCCAGCAACGGGGCAAAAUGGUGGAGAGCGAGAGCCAGGAACUGGUGGACGGCUCGCUGAUCGACCUGUGCGGCGCUACCCUCCUGUGGCGCACGGCCGAGGGCCUCUCACGCACCCCCACCGUGAAGCACCUGGAAGCCCUGCGGCAGGAGCUGAACGCUGGGCGGCCCCAGUGCCCGGUGGGCUUCAACACCCUGGCCUUCCCCAGCCUCCGCCGCAAGGAGAUCCUGGAUGAGAAGCAGCCCUGGGUCUACCUCCGAUGCGGCCAUGUGCACGGCUACCACGGCUGGGGAGGCCAAGGACGGGAGCCCGAGGAUGAGGUGGUGGAGGUGGGCCGGGAGAGGGAGUGCCCCAUGUGCCGAACCAGGGGGCCGUAUGUACCGUUAUGGCUGGGGUGUGAGGCGGGGUUUUACCUGGACGCGGCACCGCCCACACACGCCUUUAGUCCGUGCGGUCACGUGUGCUCGGAGAAGACGGCGGCGUUCUGGAGCCAGAUCCCGCUGCCACACGGCACGCACACCUUCCACGCCGCGUGUCCGUUCUGCGUGCAGCAGCUGGCUGGUGAGAGCGGUUACCUCAGACUUAUCUUCCAAGGGCCCCUGGACUAGAUAAUGGACAACGGUCUCCUCCCAAACCCCAACUGACACUUCACAACUACCAGGGUUGUGAUCAUUAGGGCACGCAACCGAAAACAUCUUAAAACGUUUUGCAACAGAAAAUGAAAAUUAGAGUUUCUUAUUGGACAAAUCCAGGUAGGGCCAUUUGAUAACCAAGUUAAUGGUGGAAAAACAGCAAAAAAAUACUUAACUUAAAUAUUUUGGAGAGCUACGGAAUACUUUUUUGCUUCUCUCAUUUCAAGUGACCUUUUUUCUAGCAGUGCUGUUUUCGAUAAUAUAAUUAUAUUUUCAUGUUAAGAAUAAAAAUGCGCUACAGUAUAUGCUAACACAGCAAACUCUUCCACAAGUGCAGAUUUGUAAUGUUCUAAUGCAAAAUCCAUUGUGAGGAUGUGUGUGUGUGGAUUGAUGUUUAUAGUCAUUUCUUUUUCUAUCUGAAACUUAUGAGGCAAUUGUAGCAGAAACAAGGAUACUUUGUAAUGCUAGCUACUGUUUUGGAAGUGACCUCCUUUUUCUUAGACAUGAAGACCCAUGUUGUUAAACUAGGCCUAGUAAAUCAAUAUUUGGCGAUUGCAUAAAAAAAGUGCUUAUGGCCUUAUACCUUUUUUACCAUGAAUCCCAACAUGUACCCUAUCUGAAUGUUAUUAAUCACCACAUCAAAACGUAGGUAUAAGGUGGUAUAAGAAGUGAAAGAAGUACAUAAUAAAAAAUAAUAUCACAGGACUGGAGAAACAGAUCUAUAAAUUGACUGGUGGAAACUUGUUGACAAUUACACUUAUCUGAAUGUCCAGACUGUGUUCAAGCAAGCAAGUGAUCAAUUUAUGAAUUGAAGUGUGGCCCUAAACACAUUGACUUUUCAGAUGGUAUGAACGUUUUCCACUCUCAUCUUCCAUGUGUACCUGUAUAGUAUUUAUGUUUAUGUUAAUGUCUCCAUGUUUUGUCUUCUGAUCUUAAUUUACGCAAUGAUUUGUACCCCAAUUUGAGUAACGUGUGAGAGCAUAUUUUCUUUACUGUACAACCAACUUACAUUUAUGUUUUACCAGUUAGUUCUGCUUUAUAUCCUCAUGAUAGCCUGAGGUUUUUUACAGGAUGUUGAGUACUAUUUCUGCAAAGAGUGUUGCUGUUGCAGACAACAGGUGUUUUGAACCAACUGGAAACAAUAAAAGUUAAAACCUUUUAAAUUGUU